AUGAUUUCAAUGAUAAUGAUUUUGAAUCAAAAGGGAGACGUAAUGAUCUCCCGACAAUAUCGUGACGAUGUCAGCCGUGCAGAAGCAGAUGCCUUUCGAUUGCAAGUCAUUGCCACCAAGAAUACAGGCACUGAAUCCCCCGUCAAGCGCAUUGAAAACUGCUCCUUCUUGUACACACGUCACUUGAACAUGUUCUUUGUGGCGGUGACAAGAUCCAACGUCAAUCCAGCCUUGGUCUUUGAAUAUUUGUAUCAAUUCAUUCGUAUCCUAAAAGGAUAUCUCGGUGACGACUUUGAUGAAAACGCAAUGAGAAAUAACAUGACACUGAUAUACGAACUCUUUGAUGAGACUAUGGACUUUGGGUACCCUCAAAAUUGUGCCGUGGACGUUUUGAAAUUGUACAUCAAUCUGGGAGAUGUCAAGCCCAAGGAUGAACCCGCACCCUCGCAAUUAACAAGUCAGAUUACUGGAGCUAUUGAUUGGAGACGUGAAGGAAUUCGUCACAAGAGAAAUGAAGUCUACAUUGAUGUGUGGGAAAGCGUCAAUCUUCUUCUUUCGAGUACCGGAGUUGUUCUUCGUAACGAGGUUACUGGGGCUGUUCAAAUGAAUACAAAGUUGACUGGUAUGCCCGAGUGUAAAUUUGGAUUGAACGAUAAGCUUGUGAUUGAAAAGGAGGGACAGAGAAAACCUGGGGUAGAAAUUGAUAACUGUACCUUUCACAGAUGCGUGCGAUUGGGAAAGUUCGAUGCGGAUCGUACCAUUACCUUCAUUCCACCGGAUGGCGAAUUCGAAUUGAUGAGAUAUCGUGUCAAUGAUAACAUCAACUUGCCGUUUAGAUUUAUUCCAGCAGUGCAAGAAGAACAAGGAAAUACCAAGGUUACUAUCAACUUGAAAAUCAUUGCCAACUUUUCGGAUCAGCUGUUUGCAACAAACGUGGUGAUCAAGAUUCCAGUUCCAAAGAACACUUCCAAGGCCAAGAUCAAGCAUAACUUUGGUCGUGCAAAGUAUGAACCAGAGCAACAAGCGAUUGUCUGGCGUGGAAAGCGAUUCCCAGGAAAAUCAGAAUGUCACAUUCAAGCAGAUGUUGAUUUGAUGCCAACUACUAGACCAAAGCCAUGGAGCCGACCACCAAUCAGUGCCGAAUUCCAGGUUCCCAUGUUUACAUCCAGUGGAGUUCACGUUCGUUUUCUGCGUGUCUAUGAUAAGUCUGGAUAUCACACCAACCGAUGGGUACGAUACAUUACAAAGGCUGGAAGCUAUCAAAUUCGAAUCUAA